CACUCAGAUUCAUAAUCAUUCAACAUCAGCUCAUAAUCAACUUGAGUUAAAAAGUAUUAGAAUUCAAAUUAUGUCAAGUAGCUCACAGUCUUCGCCAAUUCGACAAAGAGCCAAAGAUCUUCUCUGCCUUCAAGAGACAGCUAAACGGCUUACUUUAUAUCAUAGUUUUAUAUCGGAACUUUAUAAUUUUUCUUUAAGUUCUUACUCUAUUUGUGAAAAAUAUUAUAAUCAACUAAUAUCUACAAAUUAUUUUUAUCAAAGUCUUUUAGAUAACCCGAAUUUUAAUCAUGAAAAUAAAAGAUCUCGAAUUGAUUCUUCUACUUCUAAAGAGAUAGAAUUUGAAAGGACUGAAAAACUACCAAGUUCUACCUCUGAAGAAAUAGUUGUUAGUGAUGAAUCGUAUUUGUCAAUGGAGUUUGAAAGAGCAGAAGCCUUGAUAGACAAAAUUAGAACAGGAAAUCAAGAAAAUAGGGAGUAUACAGUGACACUUACUAACAAGAUUUUAGAGUUGCAGAGACAAGUAGUAGACCAAAACCGAGAAAUAUCAGAGCAUAUACAGGAAGUUGCUAAUAUCGCACUACUUGAGCGAGAGCUUUUAUAUAAGGAUAUUAAUUCUUUGAUCAAAGUUAAUAAUAGGUUUUCUCUUAAAAAUCUAUUAAACUAUACUUCACAAUUAUGGCUAAGUAAACGUAAUCCGGUUAUUGUAAAAUUUGUUGAAACACUAACUCAUUAUAAUUUAAAAACAGAUUCUUCAAAUAACGAUUCCUCAAACAGUGAGAAAGUUUAUAAAAGAGCAAUGGCUAUCGACUUAAUAUAUAGAUCUAGGCAUGGGAGAUACAUGUUAGAAAUAAAUCUCGUAGCAUCAGCCAUAAAGUAUUCUAUUGCGAGAUCGAAAAUAAUCAUCAAUAUUGAUAAUCAUAUUACAUGUUCAGGGAGCUAUUCACAUUUUUAUAAUUGGUUAGGUGAAUUAUCAGAAAGAGAGGAAACGCUAUCUAACGGACUUUUAUUUAUGGCAUUCGAUAAUGAGCAAAAAGGGUAG